CACGAAGCUUCCACGAAGCUUCCCGCCGUCUUUAUCGUGACGCGCGGGCGUUGCUUCCCCAUCAUUCACCAUCUUCACCCAGACCUUUUGCGUCCUUGCAACGCGAAUUCCGGAGCUGAGGAGGAACCUCGGCGGAGUUUCGCAGAGACUUCGGACGAUGGAGUCCCGUGGUGCGGCGGUGUCUCCUGGAAGGGCAUUGAGACAGUGGGAUGAAGAGCGGGGGAGUGAUGCCCCAGAUAAUGUGAUCUCGGAUGAUGCGUUUGAUAUACCUGCUAAGAAUGCUUCUAUUCAACGGCUUCGGAGAUGGAGGCAAGCAGCACUUGUGCUAAAUGCAUCCCGGCGCUUUCGAUAUACUCUGGACUUGAAGAAGGAGGAGGAGAAGGAACAGAUAAGGAGGAAAAUACGUGCACAUGCUCAAGUCAUUCGGGCUGCACUCCUUUUUAAAGAGGCUGGUGAAAAGGGUGGACCAGGUAUUUCUGGGGGAUCACCUAUUCUUCCUGCUGGUGGUCAUGGAAUUGCAAUGGAGCAGCUUACUUCAAUGACGAGGGACCAUGAGUUUUCUGCUCUUCAAGAAUAUGGAGGUGUUAAGGGCCUAUCAGACAAGUUGAAGACAAAUUUAGACAAAGGAAUUAUUGAGAUG